CCAAAAGAUAAUAACAUCGAGUCUUCUUUUCAACUCUCUCCUUAAGGCAUAGCAUAAGAAAAUGAAGAUAUCAUCAGUAGGAUGGAUCUUUGUCCUUACCUUAAUCUAUGUUACCAUUGUUUCGAGUGCACCUGCACCUAAGCCAGCACCAACACCAGGACCUAAACCUAAACCUGCACCAGAACCAGCACCUAAACCUAAACCGGCACCUGCACCUAAACCUGCACCAGAACCAGCACCUAAACCUAAACCGGCACCUACACCUAAACCUGCACCAGCACCAGCACCAGCACCAGGUGGAGAAGUUGAGGACGAAACAGAGUUUAGCUACGAGAAGAAAGGAAAGAAGGGGCCAGCUAAAUGGGGAACAAUAAAGGAAGAGUGGAAAAUGUGUGGAACAGGCAAAAUGCAAUCUCCGAUUGAUCUUAGGGACAAAAAUGUCGUAGUUACUACUAAACUUGGAUCUCUUCGUAGCCAGUAUCUGCCUUCUAAUACCACCAUUAAGAACAGAGGUCAUGACAUCAUGUUGAAAUUCAAAGGAGGAAACAAAGGUAUAGGUAUCACUGUCAACGGUACUAAAUAUCAACUUCAACAACUUCAUUGGCACUCUCCUUCCGAACAUACAAUUAAUGGCAAAAGGUAUGCGCUUGAGAAACACUUGGUUCACGAGAGCAAAGAUAAACGCUAUGCUGUUGUCGCUUUCUUAUACAAACUGGGAGCAUCUGACCCUUUUCUCCUUUCGUUGGACAAACAAUUGAAGAAGAUAACAGAUACACAUGAGGCCGAGGAACAUGUCGGAAUCAUUGAUCCCAAAAAACUAAGUUUUAAAUCAAAACUUUAUUAUAGAUAUAUCGGAUCACUUACAGCUCCUCCCUGUUCUGAAAAUGUUAUUUGGUCCGUUGCCAAAGAGAUUCGCACUGUGACAAGUAAACAAGUGAAACUUCUCCGUGUGGCUGUACACGAUGAUUCAAAUUCAAAUGCGAGGCCGCUUCAACCAAUCAAUAAGCGUGUGGUGUACUUAUACAAACCAAAAGCUUAGUUAAUGAAUAAAAACAGUAAUAUAACUUAUUACUAAUCUUUAAUUCUUUAUAUUAUAAUGUACACCAAAAUGAUGUUUUUAGGAAGAAACUGAUGACUUCGUUUUGUUUAUUUAAAUAUAUAUAGUCAUCACCCACUCGUGUUAUAAAAUGGUUUUUUUUUUAUGUUAAAGAGGAGUUGACCUUUCCGGUGGUCAGAAUUUUAUUGAAAAGAUCAGACUAACCUCGGCUCUAAGCUUUAUAGUAUCCCUCUCCAUGAAUUUUCAGUAGUCAAACCAUCAGAUAACAGAGAAAAUAAGUCUCCUUGUAAAUUGAUAUGACUGAGAAUUGAGAAUUCAGUGUUAGCCAAUGAUAGAGAAUGCAACCACCGGCAUCUUGGCGAUUCAAUCCUUUGUAUACAGACUGAGCAAGGCAUUGUAUACCGUUUACAGAGUUCCUACAAUAUUGACAGUAGUAAUCUUUGUUCAA